AUGGCAGCAAGUUCUCCAAAGACGGCAGGGCAAAGCAACUUCACGAUUCAACUUCACUGCGUGAGGCUGCGGGACCAUUUCGAGACGGAGGGCGUGUGCCAUUCGAUUCGCUGCAUUGGCUGCGGAAGUGCCGAGGGCCUUGGACUUCGCGUGCGUGUGCGCUUGGAGGCUGGCCGUUUUUCAGGAUGUCUUGCAUUGAUCAGCUCCACGGUGAUCUGCGGUGGUUUUCUGCAGGAACUCGAGUCCGCGCCGACGCGAGCCCCACCAACUCCAGCCAGCCCGACUCAAGAGACGGACAGAGUGUCAAAAGAAGCUGAGGCCAAGUUGGUUCGCUCAUAUCCCGAGCUUGUCAUCCAAUGCUCAGGCUUUGCAGAGGGGCUUCCAGAGGAGGACAGCCAAGCCAAGCGCCAACUUUCGCAGCUUCGCGCAGAUUCCAUCGCGAAGAUGCUGCGAAAGCAUGGCGUCAAGAACAAGAUUCUCAGCUACGGCUUUGGUUCGGCACUGGGGUCCGGGCUCUCUGCCUCCAUGGCCUCUCUGGAUUUUCUUGCACCCGACACCGAUACAAUGUCCGAUACAGUCCAUGCGGAAGAGGAGGAGUUUCGGCUCAUCCCGAACCCCGGCAUCUCCGAAGAGCAUGAAGGCUCGGUACUGGACGCGCUCCUCAAGGAGCUCUUGUCAAAGUACACCUUUGAGCCAAACAGCGCAAGGAAUCCAGAGUCGUCCGCGGCGUCUAUGCUUCGGAUGGUGUCUGUGGUGCUCAAGUCCUUUCCCAGCUGGACUGUCAGGUGCGAAGGUCAUGCGAAAGGCUUGCCGAAGGACAACAACCCGGAGAAGAAACAGCUGUCCCUGGCUCGAGCGGAAAACUUCCGGAGAGCUUUGCAGGACUUGGGAGUACGAAGCCCGAUACAGUGCUUUGGCUACGGCUCGGAGAUGGGCAUCGGCAAAGCCGUGCGCAUGUACGCUCUAGGACGAGAAGGAGCUUUCCACAUUGCAGACCUCGCUGGUAUGUCUGGGGACGAGAGGGCGAGAGAACUGGAUCGGCUGCUGGAUCUAGCCCUCACCAGCAGCAGCAUCGAUUUCGUGCCGAACCAGACAGCCAUCCCGAAAUCUGCUGCAGGUGUCCUGUCCACCAUCGCAGAGUUGCUGGGGGCUGUCCCAGAAGACAUGAUGCUGGUUUGCGAAGCGCAUGCCCGAGGUUUGCCAGAGGAAAACACUGAUAGCAAGCAGAAGCUGACAAAGCGUCGGGCAGAGCUGUGGUGUCAGGAACUUCGAGCGCGUGGUGUCACGCAAACCUUGCAAUGUAGAGGAGCUGGGUGUGGGCAAGGGCUUGGGCCAUGCAUUCGCAUGUGGGUGACACAGGCGGUGAAGGUCCCUGACACGGAGACGCCAAUCGACCAGCAGGCUCAGGAAGACCCUCGGGCCAGGAUCAAUGCCCAGCUGGCUGCAGCACUUGAUAAGGAUGGAGCAGUCAAAUUCGCAACAAACUCUUAUCAGGCACGCGGCGAGUCUAAGGAGCUCUGGGUUCUGUAUAGUCAGUGCUGA